AUGUCAAAGCCUCGAGGGAUUAGUUCCGGAGCAUUAAAAUGGCGCUCCUGGACAUUCGAAGGCUCAAAGGCCGCGAUGUCGCGCAAGUUCACGAAAAAGCUCUCGAACAGUGUCAGCGACUUUGCUCAACACACCAGGUAAGGGUACGGUACGCGUGGUUACUGUAGUUUAGUGCUCAUGGAAUACCUCGGGCCUCCAAUUCGACCGGUCUUCGAAAGACCUUGUGGUUGAUGUUGUUCUUCGCUUGCCUGGGGGCUUUUGUCGUCCAGGCUUACCAGAUCAUCAAACGCUUUUCCAGAAAUGACAUUAUUGUUGGUGUGGAGCUGAAGUUCGAGAACAUUCACUUUCCCAGUGUUACAGUAAGGUUUCAGUCAUAUUUUAGGUUUAUGAUUGUAUCAAUAUUUUUAAUUAUAUCAAAGUUUAUAGGUAUGCAAUCUGAAUCCGUACAAAAAUAGUCUGGCUAGGAUGCUUGGCUCGGUCAGGGAUACGGUAGGUUUAGUCACUACAAUAAUAUUUUGUAAAGUAAAACAUAUGAACAUUAUGUUGAUUAAUAUCGAUUACUGUAGCUGAUUGCGUUUGACGAUGCUAUCGAGAAGUCGGACCAGAACAAACGUACGAAGCGAAGUCUGGAUUCGUACGAUGAUGACAGCCCUCACACUGUAAUCGAGACUACGUGUACUGUACAUAAAGACACAUUUACUGCGAGUCGCUACGGUAAUAUGGAAUGUGUUUGUCGAUAUCUUUCUGAUAUGCAACUUCCAUUCGAAUGUUCUGCUAGAAGUUCAUGGUCAUUAUAUUCACAUUGUAGUACGUGUAGUUCGUCAGGGUUGUGUAGCGUGCACGAUGAUGCUGUAGCUGCAAAAGAAUUGUGUCAUUGUACGAAGGACACCUGCAUCAAGGCCGAUCACAACAUAGUAAGUGUUGGGGAAACUCUUAAUAUCAUUCAGAUCUCUGUAGCCUGGCCUCUUGUGGCUACUGAAAGACUGUGCAAAUGUCGCGAUGACAUCUGUGUAAGCGAUGAAUCUGGAGACAGUUCAUGCACUUGUGUAGGACUGUACUCUUCCAAGGCAGACGUUUGUGAAAGGACAUACGAUUGGAGUGUCACAAAGUGUUACGAAUGUUUUGCUGGAGGAACUUGUGUGCACCAUCCUCAAGGUCAAGUAGACUGUAUCUGCAACAGUCUGAACAUGUGUUUUGAAGUUGCCAAUAUCAACAUACGAAGACAGAAGCGAGGUACCGAGCUGCAGAGUGUAAAUAAUGCUAUCAAGUACAAACGACAGAUCAAGAAGUUGUACGAGAAGAUCUACAGCAGCUACGAGGGGCUACUGGCCGUGUAUUCCAUGUGUCAGUGCGAAGGAUCGAAUUGUAAAGCCCUGAAGGUAGGUUUAGGUAGAUGAUGAUUAGAUUACGCUUUUUUGACUAAAAUACGGAAUUCAGAGUACGAACCAAGGAGAAGUGUGUUUGUGCUUCUACAACAAGAAAAACAGCCAGAUCUGGCCAUGUUAUCCACCCCAGAUGUGGUCGGAAAGGCGGUGCAACAAGUGUUCUCCCUUAGGCGAUUGCGUCUACACAGACAGCACGGAUGGACAGUUACCGUGCGUCUGUGCUUCUGUCAUCAGGUAGGGUCUUCUGUAAUAUUUUUAAUUUGGGUCAAGUGUUUCUGUUUGUAAUAUUUAAUUUAAAAAAUAAAUAGUUGUACAUUACCCUUGGUUUACUAUUGAUAAUUUUUAAACUUGUAGAAUGUGUGUUCGAAUCGAAGAGCGAACGCCAGAAGAAGAAGUGAUAACGAAAGACGAGACUUCUGAAGUCGUGGAAGACUCUAACUCCACAUCCUCAUUGGUUUUGGGUAACAGAAUCCCCAAGAUCUGGGAGUUUACAACUACAACCACAGAGGCAUUGCCAGAAGAAGAUGUAAGCGACAAGGAAAUGGCAUACGGCCUGAAAGGCAUCGAGGAUCCUGUAGCCAUCAGAGCUACGGCCGUCGAGAAUCUGAUCUUCGCUGUGAAUGAGCUGAAUCAAAGUGAAAUUGGCAAGAUUGGAUAUGAUAAGGGAGAAUUCAUCACCAAGUGCAGUUUCAACGGAAGACAGUGCUCCAUCGAAGAGUAAGACACUUUUUGAAUAGGUAUAGGAAUCAAAAUAGAAUUUGCAGCUCUUUGAUACCUAAAAUCUUGUAAAAGUGAUAGAUUAGAUAGCAAUUAUUAGUACAAUAAUGACAAAAGUUCUUUGUACCUACAAGUGUUUCUUUAUUUUACAUUUUACUUUCAGUGACUUUUCCGUUUACAUUGACCCAUCUUUUGGGAAUUGCUUUACCUUCAACUACAACACUUCGAAGAUGAUACGAAGCGAAAGAGCCGGGUCUAACUACGGUAAGUUACAGUAGCAGGCAAAACAUGUUUAAGGAUUACGGUUCCAAGUGUUUGUUAACAUAACAGACUACCUUCCGACUACUGAAGCGGCUGGUGUCAGGAUUACGGUACACAGUCCAACAGAACAGCCAUUCCCAGACACUCACGGCUACAGUGCCCCGACCGGCUUCGUCAGUUCUUUUGCUAUUCGACUGGUAAGGAUAGGAUCUAUUGAGAUUGUUUUAGCUAUUUUAAUUGUUUUGAUUAAAUUUAACCUCUUCUUUCACAUUAUUUGAUAUUGUUGUAUGUAUUGUUGUACAGUAACCUGUUUAGAAAAGCAUUAACCGAUUGCCCAUGCCCUACGGGCAGUGUGUGAAGGAUGGCAAGGACGAGGACUACAUCUUUCAGGACAAGGAAUACUCGACAGAGGUAACUCUUUUUCUACUGUACUCAUCUGUUUAGGGCUGUCAAAGGACCUGCAUCCAGAAGUACCUCGUCCAGAAGUGUGGCUGUGGAGAUCCUCGCUUCCCUGCCUAUCAGAACCACUCCAACUGUCCUGUAGCCGUGUCAUCGCUUCGUAAGAGUAAACUAAAAUGACGUAUAUUGUUGUAGGUGAUUGUCUGAGAGCUGAGAUGAAGAACGCCGCCAGAUUGGAUACCUGCAUAUGUCAACAACCGUGCAAGUGAGUACUUUUUUAUUUAAUGUGUUGUACGGACCAUAGAUUAUAUUGUGUAUUAAGAGAUGGGACUUUUGAUUGUUAGGUAAUGGGCUAAAUAUGUUAAUGUUAAGGUCAAUGUAACGAAUAGUUGAUAAUGUUCAUAGGAAACUUAAAAUAUGAAAUUUCAGUCAAGAAGUGUACACGGUGUCCUACAGUUGUGCACGGUAAGUGUCGAAUUGAGUGUAGCAUGGUGUUUAGCUGGCCAUCUGGCCAAAGUGCUGGUACUUCUCAAGAAUGUGGUCCUCUUCUGACUCCCCAACAGUGUCUACACUUCCAUCGUGAACAAGCAGCCUUGAUAGAAGUCUACUUCGAGCAACUCAACUACGAAUCUCUGAAGGAAAGCGAAGCUUACGGCGUAGGUUUUCUAUAACGAUGUUACAGUAGUUAGCAUUGGGAUGUUAGGGGUGUUUAGUAGAGUUGGGCGGGGUAAUUUAAAGUUGUUAAAGAAGAGCAGAGUACACACAUUUUUUAAGAAGAAUCUAAUGUACUGUACAAAAAGUGUACCGUAAUCCAACAUACCGUAUCCUCUGUUACAGUUCCCGAACCUGUUGUCGGACUUCGGAGGUCAGCUCGGCCUCUGGAUGGGGGUGUCUGUGAUCACGAUAAUGGAGGUGUGUAUCCUGAUGACAGAGAUCGUGGUCGGCUUCUUCUCCUCGUUAUGUUGUUGUACCACCAAACGGAAGUCACCUCCACCUCAGAACCACUCAGUUCAUCUCAACGGUCGAGCGAUACCGUAUAUCGACCAAUGUCCGACCAAAAGUUACGAUGUCAUACGGAGUUUUAAGUAA